UUUGUUGUUGUUGUUGUUUGGUUGAUAAAGAGAGAGAGAGAGAGAGAGAGAGAGAGAGAGAGAGAAAAUGGGUUCACCGACAUCAAGGUUUGUAUUCCGCAUUGCGAUGGUGGUGCUUCUGCUUCUUCUUCUCUUCUACAUUGGUCGCCCUUUGUAUUGGAAAAUCUCCGCCACCGUCCACGACAUCCGCAACAACAAGCAAACUGUCAGACAAGGUCUUUCCCAAAUCGUCAUGGAAGCUCAGAAAUCGGUGGGUUGGUAUCACGACGAAUCCGACUCAGGGGUUCGUUCUAACACCCGAAAGCUGCUUCUUCAUAAGCCUCUUACACUUUUUGGUUAGAUACGUGUCGCCUUACAUCUUCUUUCUUUUCACCAUUCUCUGAUUUGGUUAUGUGGUUUUUGUCGUAUAGGAACAAAUACAAUAAUGAGGUAGACCAAUCCAAUCUUAUUCAAUUACAUAAUCACCAUCAUAUUCUAUAUUUUAGGGUUCUCUCGUUUAUUGUUAAUUUGUGGGAAAUGGGAAGGGUAAUGAUGUGGCUGUGUUGUUAUAUUUAUGUAUUAAUUUAUCCUUCUUGAAGGGGAAAAAAGGUUUGAUUCUGUGCGCUGAGUAAGCUGGGUGGAUAAUUUGGAUUUGGUAAUGAAUCAAUGAAAAAGUAAAUCCUUUCAUAUUCUCUAAGGCUGUGAAUUGUUCACCAAAUUGGUAUCAGUUAUUCACUCACAUUAGCAUUGAUUUUUUAGCUUCAUUUCAUGUAUGUUAUGCACUCUAGGUAUGACAAGACUGUUAAUCGAAUUUUAAGUUGGUGGAAUCGAACUGUUGCAUUGCAAGUUCUUGGAGUUAGUGUGGCCGAGUGAAUAACUCCAGAUUACUGGGAAUACUAUGAACAUUAUUAGAUUGAGACUCAGAGUUCAAUGAACAUUACCAGAUUUGGUUCAUGGGAUUUCGUGUAAGAGGGGAAUAGGCAAUAUAUCCAAGUCAUAGAACAGUUGUUCCCUUCAGUUUAUGCGUUAGAAUAUAUAUCUUUGGAAACUUCUUUGAAUUUUUUGGGUAUCUUCUGCUUCAGAUCCCCGAAACUUCCAUACUAAGUACAGGUUCCGUUCCUUAAGUAUGGAGAGGUAUGUACCAGGAAGAAUAAGAGACUUAUUCCUUAAGCAGUUUGUAGGGAGGAUCUAUUAAGUGUGAAUAUUAUAGUUUUGGGUUGUUAACCGAGAACCAAGAUCUGU